GACGCGGGUUUGGACUCUGAGACCGCCACAGAAAAAGUGGAGACACCACGGAAGCAGAAUGAGAAGAAAGGUAGAAAGGAGAAACCAAAAUCUAUUAAGACUGAAGAGGCAACAGAAGUAAAAGAAGAAAUUCCUUCCCCUAAAGCUAAAAAAGUUAAAAAGAAAGCCGAGUCUAAUGAGGCUGACAUGAAUUCUCCUAAAUCUAAAAAGGCAAAAAAGAAAGAGGAGCCAUCUCAGGAUGACAUAAUUUCUCCUAAAACCAGUGUGAAAAAAACAAAGGAGUCCUUUGAAAAGAAAGUUGUUUCUCCUAAAACAAAAAAAAAAAAAGUAAUAAAAAGUGAAGAACCUUCUGAAGAAGAGAUAAGUGUUCCUAAGCCCAAGAAGAUGAAGAAAGAAAAGGAAAUGAAUGAAGAAAUUGGAGAGAAAAGCUCCAAACUGAAGAAUGGAUUCCCUUAUUCUGGACUUGUCUCUAACACCAGUGAAACCCUAGGGGAAGAAAGUAACAGUGAGUUAGAGCAGGAAAUACCUGUGGAACAGAAAGAAGGAGCUUUCUCUAAUUUUCCCAUACCUGAAGAGACUAUUAAACUUCUCAAAGCCUGUGGGGUGACCUUCCUGUUUCCUAUACAAGCAAAGACAUUUUACCAUGUCUAUACUGGAAAGGACUUAAUUGCACAGGCGGGGACAGGAACUGGGAAGACGUUCUCCUUUGCCAUCCCUUUGAUUGUGAAGCUCUAGGGAGAACUGCAAGACAGGAAAAGAGGUCGUGCCCCUCAGGUACUGGUUCUUGCACCCACAAGGGAGUUGGCAAAUCAAGUAAGCAGAGACUUCAGUGACAUCACAAGAAAGCUGGCGGUGGCUUGUUUUUAUGGUGGAACUCCCUAUGGAGGUCAAAUUGAACGCAUGCAGAUUGGGAUUGAUAUCCUGGUUCGGACCCCAGGUCGUAUCAAAGACCACCUUCAGAAUGGCAAGCUAGAUCUCACCAAACUUAAGCAUGUUGUCCUGGAUGAAGUUGACCAGAUGUUAGAUAUGGGGUUUGCUGAUCAAGUGGAAGAGAUUUUAAGUGUGGCAUACAAAAAAGAUUCAGAAGACAAUCCCCAAACAUUGCUUUUUUCUGCAACUUGCCCUCAUUGGGUAUAUGAUGUUGCUAAGAAAUACAUGAAAUCUACAUAUGAACAGGUGGACCUGAUUGGUAAAAAGAUCCAGAAAACGGCAAUAACCGUGGAGCACCUGGCUAUCAAGUGCCACUGGACUCAAAGGGCAGCAGUUAUUGGGGAUGUGAUCCGAGUAUACAGUGGUUUUCACGGGCGUACCAUCAUCUUCUGCGAAACCAAGAAAGAAGCCCAGGAGUUGUCACAGAAUAUGUCCAUAAGGCAGGAUGCCCAGUCAUUGCAUGGAGAUAUUCCUCAGAAGCAGAGAGCAAUCACUCUGAAAGGUUUUAGAAAUGGUGAUUUGGGAGUUUUGGUUGCAACUAAUGUUGCUGCUCGUGGGUUAGACAUCCCUGAGGUUGAUCAGGUGAUACAGAGUUCUCCACCAAAGGAUGUGGAGUCCUAUAUUCAUCGCUCUGGGAGGGCGGGCAGAGCUGGAAGGACAGGGAUUUGCAUCUGCUUUUAUCAGCACAUGGAGGAGUUUCAGUUAGCACAAGUGGAGCAAAAAGCGGGAAUUAAAUUUAAACGAAUAGGUGUUCCUUCUGCAACAGAGAUCAUAAAGGCUUCCAGCAAAGAUGCCAUCAGGCUUUUGGAUUCUGUGCCUCCCACUGCCAUUAGUCAUUUCAAGCAGUCAGCGGAGAAACUAAUAGAGGAGAAAGGAGCCGUGGAAGCCCUGGCAGCAGCCUUGGCCCAUAUUUCAGGUGCCACAUCAGUAGACCAGCGCUCUCUGAUCAACUCAGAUGCGGGCUUUGUGACCAUGAUCUUACGAUGCUCAAUUGAAAUGCCAAACAUUAGUUAUGCUUGGAAAGAACUUAAAGAGCAGCUGGGAGAGGAUAUUGAUUCCAAAGUGAAAGGAAUGGUGUUUCUCAAAGGAAAGCAGGGAGUUUGCUUCGAUGUCCCUACUGCAGCAGUAACAGAAAUACAGGAAAAAUGGCAUGAUGCACGUCGCUGGCAGCUCUCUGUGGCCACGGAGCAACCAGAGCUGGAAGGACCUCGGGAAGGAUAUCGAAACUUCCGUGGACAGCAGGAAGGCAGUCGAGGCUUCCGGGGACAACGGGAAGGCAGUCUAGGCUUUAGAGGACAGCAGGAGGGAAAUCGAAGCUUCAGAGGACAGCGAUCAGGAGGUGGCAACAAAAAUAACAGAUUCCAAAACAAAGGCCAGAAGCGGAGUUUCAGUAAAGCAUUUGGGGAGUAA